AUGGAUGCUGCUAAUAUAAAAAAGCAAACUUUGGUAAGCGGCUUUAAGACGACGGGUAUAUACCCAUUCAAUCCUUACGAGGUAUAUAAAAAAUUGCCCGAAUACGAAGAUGAAAUAAAAUACGAUGUUGACCAAAUACUACUCGAUUGUCUCAAAGAGAACAAAUAUCCCAAUCCAAUAAAAAGAGGUAAAAAUACCAAAGUAACUGUGCCAAGUGGUAAAUCAAUGAGCAGCGCUGAUAUAUCUAGUACCAUCAAUCAAAAAGUCACCAUAAACAGGAACACAACUUUAAAAAAAUCUCUAGCAACUGUAACUGAACGAAUACAACAUCAAAGCUCUGAAACAAAACAAAGUAAAACAGAACGUCAACCAAACAAAACUUUGAGCAAGAAAGUAGACAGUAAACAGAAGCCAUUUCAGAAAGAAAAACGUGUUGUAAGUACUUCAGACUCAGAAUCAAGUUUGUAA